AUGAGGUCAUUUUUUUUAAUUUUGACAUUGUCAAUUGCAUUACUGGUAUUUCAAGAAGCUCAUGGUGAAGAAGAAAAACCAGAAGUUUUUGAAUGCUAUGAAUGCUUAGAAGAACAUUGCAAAAAGACCGUAAGUUGUCCAAGUAAGGUAUGCUACAAGGGUGUUGGCAAAAAUGGUACCAAGAAUAUUUUUGUUGAGGCUUGCUUGAGUGAUGCCAAUAUUAAUGAUUGCGCCAAUGAAGCUAUGGCCAAAGCACAGGGUAAAGACAUUCUUGGCGCAGUCGCAAGAGGAGAAGUUAAAAAUGAAGAAAAUGCGACUGAAAAUGCCUUUACUGAAGCAAACGAAGAAGACGAAGAACAUGCUUUUAGACAAGAAGACAAUAAAGAUGGUCUUGUUAUAAAUGAAUGCUACAUUUGCCAAACAACACUCUGCAAUAGUGGAAUCGCAACAAGCACAAGGAUUGUGUCUGCAAUUGCGUCGUUACUUUUUAUUGAAUUAUUUUUCUAAA